CGAUUUUAAGAAUGGACGUCCAAAUAGCCCAGUUCCAGACGGCGGCGGUCAUUGAGAACCCAGGACCAACUGCAGCCAUCAGUAUCCGCCACGAUGUACCGGUUGGAGAGCCUGGGCCUAAUGAGAUUCUCGUUAAACUUGCCUUUAGUGGUAUUUGCGGGUCGGAAGUUCGAGCUUUUCUUGGAUGGAGCCAAUACAAAUCCAUUGUGGGCCACGAAGGAGUCGGGACGGUGGUCAAAAUAGGUGACCAAGUUGCAGAAUCCAUGCUGGGUCAGAGAGUCGGCGUGAAAUGGGUCUUCAGCGCUUGCGGAGAAUGCUCUAUCUGUUUGAAGGGCUUCACAAACAACUGCCCUAACCAGAUCAACACGGGCCGCCAGGUAUCGGGAACAUUCCAGCAAUACGUUGUAGCGGAUGCUAGGUACGUGACGAUGAUCCCGGAUGAGGUCCUUAGCGAAGUGGCGUCUCCUCUUUUGUGCGCCGGCCUCACUAUGGCAGGGGCAGUUUCAAAGCUCGAUGCUCAAUUGGCAGACAAUGAUUGGGUUGUGAUAUCCGGGUCUGGUGGCGGACUCGGCCAUCUGGGUGUCCAAAUCGCCAGCAGAUUGCGAGGAUAUCGCGUGAUUGCCGUCGACUCUGGGAAAUCUAAACGCGAGUUGAGCAUCAGCUGCGGUGCUCAGUACUUCAUUGACUUUGUCGAAGAUGAUGUGGAAAAGAAGGUGAAGGAGUUGACAGGCGAUGGCGCACACGCAGUCGUGGUAGUCUCGGGUUCCAAGGAGGCAUUUCGACUCGCCCCAAAAUUGGUUCAAAAUACGGGACUGAUUGUCACCGUCGGCCUCCCACCCAACGAUUUCGACCUUCCGAUACCUGCAUCUCUUUGUUCAGCGCGAGCACUGACUGUUACGGGUGUCGCGACGGGAACAGAGCAGCAGAUGCAUGAGCUACUGGAACAUGCUGCGACGGGAAAAAUUGCACCAACCAUUGAAGUUUUGGAAUUCUCUGAGAUGCCAGACAUCUUUGACAGGCUGAAGAAGGAUAGCAUUACGGGUAGAAUUGUUGUGAGAAUUCCUCAGUAA